AUGGGAGCAUCUUACCGUCGUUUCGGUCGAGCAUUUAGUAGUAGUGCUACGGCUGAUGAGAGCCAUGAGGAUAAGGGGGAGCAGCAACAGGAGUAUAGUAAAUCGAAGGAGUUGGGAAAUCCAAUAACGUGGGCAAACCCGACUGGUGGGCCUACUAUUGAUGACUACUCGUCGGACAAUUGGAAAUGGGUGUUCCCUGUUGGCACCGGUAUGAUAUUCUUCUUCGGAUGGAUAAAGGGGAGGAAGGACCGCAAGGAGAAAAGCUUGAUUAAAGGUGUUCCUGUUUGA